UUGAAAAUUAGUUUUUUUCAAAUUUUGACCAUAACUCUUGAACGGAUCAACCUCCGGUUUAGGCAAACGAAAAGUUUGCCUUCUUUGUCGCAAACUGGAGAUUGAUAUAUUCUUUUUUUAAGCCCUUUCAAACAAUAUACUACAAUAUGGAGUGAAACUUUUGAGUUGGUGUCCCUCUAGGAGGGACUUCUUUGCAGAGAUAAUUCCCCCAAUCCCAUUAAGGGAAACCAACGUAACAGCUGAAAAAAAUCUAUUUUUAACAAUUUUUUUCUGGUAAAUAAUGGUUUUUUUUUCAAAUUACAUUAUUAACAUCACAAAGUAUAGAGAUUGAACUAUCUUUUGUGAAAUUUUUGUUACAAAUUAUUAAUAAUAAUAUUUAUAGUUAUAAAAGCCUAUAUUGUGAGUAAUCUUAAAAAAAAAACGGACGCAUUCAUAACGAGGCAACAAAAACUCUAAAACAAAAAUAAACAAACAUUUUCUUAAAAUAUAAGACAAUAGCUUCAGUAAUACGUAUGGAAUUUUUGAUUAAAUAAUUUGUUCUUUUGUAAUGUUAAAAAAUAGAGAUCAAUAUCUCAUUAAUUUUGGUACUUUUUUCUUCAACAGUCUGUCAUUUUUUUUGUAUCAAAUAACUUUUCAAAUCCAUACGUGCAACUGAAGCUAUUGUUUUAUAUUUAAUGAAAAUGUUUGAUUUUUUGCUUCAGAGUUUCCAUUGACUCACUAAGCGUGCGCCCGUUUUUUUCUAAAGCGACUUGCACUAUUGGCUAUUGUAGUUAUAAAUAUUAAUAUUUUUUAACAAAAAUUUCACAAAAAGUAGUUUAAAUUAUGUACUUUGUGAUGCUAAUAAAGUGAUUUGAAAAAAAAAAUCAAUUAUUUAUAAGAAAAAAAUUCUUAAAUAUAGUUUUUUUGAUCUCACACUGAAUUCCCUUCCUUAAAAAAAAAGUAGUCUCUCAAAAUGAUCGAUAUGUAUUUUGCAGUUUUUCAUAAUUUUGAACCGUUCCCGAAAUAUAGAUGACGGAGACAGGCUUUAUAGACAUCUUAUACAUGUAAUUCUCAAAUAAAGUUGUGAUAUCUCUUUUCAGAAUUAUUUGAAUUUGUAAAAGAUGGAAAAUAACAAGCGAUUCAAUCCAUAUGUCAGUGUUGAUGCUGAAGAAGAAAUAGUUAUCUCUGGUAUUGCCGGAAAAUUUCCUAAUUGUGAAAAUAUAAAAGAAUUUCAAGAUAAUAUUUUCAAUAAAAUGGAUCUUGGUUCGAGCUAUAAUCAACGCUGGACUAACUAUAUCUAUAAAAUGCCUGCUCGAAUAGGAAAAAUGAACAAUAUAGAAAAAUUUGACUCUGAAUUCUUUAACAUAUCGACCGAAGAAGCUCAUGUACUUGAUCCUGGAUGCAGAAUGUUACUUGAGCAUACCUAUGAAGCAAUUAUUGAUGCGGGUGUAAAUCCCGCAGAACUGCAAGGAACAAAUACGAGCGUUAUCACAGCAAUAAGUGUUUCUGAUACAUUUAUAGAUUUGCCAUACGAAAAGCUUCAAAUUGCUGGAUUACCCAUUCUUGGAUGCUCUAAGAAUAUGAUAGCAAGCAAAAUUUCUUAUUGGCUCGGCGUUACUGGUCCGGCGUACAAUAUAGAUACUGCAUGCAGCUCGAGUCAUUUCGCAAUGGUGGAAGCUUACAGGAUGAUUCGAUCUGGCAUUUGCGAAGCGGCUAUUGUCGCUAGCAUAAAUAUAUGCAACAAUCCGUCUGUCACUCAUCAGUUUUUUUGCCUGGGAGUUCUAUCUACUGAUGGUUAUUGUAAACCUUACGAUGAAGAAGGUAAUGGUUAUAUGCGUAGUGAUUCAGCUGCAGUAAUGUACUUACAAAAAGCAAAAGAUGCAAGAAGAAUUUAUGCGACUUUUGUCUAUGGAAAAACCAACUGCGAUGGUUUUAAAGAAGAAGGAAUUACCUUUCCAUCAUUUGACAAACAAAAAAUGUUAUUGGAAGAAGUUUACGAAGAUUGCGAUAUUUCGCCUCUUGAGUUAUUUUACAUAGAGGCUCAUGCAACUGGUACUCUAGCGGGCGAUCCUGUGGAACUUCGAGCCAUAGAUGAAGCUUUAUGCGCUAAAAGACAACUACCUUUGUUAUUGGGUUCAAUAAAGUCGAAUAUUGGACAUUCAGAAGCUACUAGCGGUCAUUGUCAAAUUGCAAAGGUUUUAAUAGCGAUGGAAACUGGUAUACUAGCAUCUACUAUACAUUUUAAACGUCCACGAAAGAAUAUGACGGCUAUCAUUGAAGGAAGAGUAAAAAUAAUCACUGAACCGACAGAAUAUAAGGAUGGUUAUAUCGGUAUUAAUUCCUUCGGAUUUGGCGGUGCUAAUUGCCACAUAUUACUGAAACCAAAUCCAAAAAUUAAAAUCAACAAUGAAGAAGACAAUAAUUUACCUAGACUUGUAGUUAUUUCUGGAUGUACGGAGGAAGCGGGUAAAAUUAUAUUAGAUGACGUACAGAGUCGGUCGAUAGAUGUAGAAUAUAUCUCUCUGCUACAUCGUAUUCAUAAUGACAAUAUAAAAGGACAUUCCUACAGAGGAUACAUUAUUGCUGGAUCUAAUUGUAACGAUAAUGCAAUAAUUAAAAUAGAACGCAACGUAUGUACGAAAAGACCGAUUUGUUUCAUAUUUUCGGGACUUGGAUCUCAGUGUUUUAACAUGGGUCGAGCUUUAAUGAAAUUUCCAGCAUUUAUUAAAGCGAUCCAGAAAUGCGACACAAUUUUAAGACCUUACAAUAUAUCGGUGACAGAUAUAAUAAUAAAUAAAAACAAAGAUAUUGUCGACAAUGUAGUCCAUUUAUUCGUAGGCCUUAUUGGGUUACAGAUCGGAAUAAUUGAUCUUUUAACAAGCAUUGGUAUCACUCCUGAUAUUAUAAUGGGUCAUUCCAUUGGCGAAUUAAUCUGUGGAUAUGUCGAUGGAUGCUUGACGGCUGAUGAAACAAUCAUGUUGGCAUAUUAUGUCGGCUUAGCAUUUAAGUCAAAAAUAAUAGAUGGCUUAAUGGCUGAAAUUAAUCUCAAUUUCGAAAUUAUGAAAAAUAUCUGUCCAUCGGAUAUUGAUGUAGCUUGUUACAAUAAUUUAUAUAAUUCUAUUGUAAGUGGACCAAAGAACUCUGUAAGAACAUUUCUCGCCAAGUUACAGAAUGAAAAUAUUUCUGUAAAAGAAAUUUCAUUCGGAAGUAUACCUUUUCAUAGUCGUUACGUCGAGCCGGCAAGAGUUAAACUUUUGGAAUACUUGAAUCAAAUAUUGCCGCAACAGGUGUCUCCAAGUUCAAAAUGGUUGAGUGUGAAUGAAUCUUAUGAAUGGUUCAAUACAUCUCCAAAAUUAAGUCUAGCAAAAUAUUAUGCACACCAUCUGCUAGCUCCAGUAUUAUUCUCAAAAAGUCUGCGCUUUAUUCCAAACAAUGCAGUGACAAUUGAGAUAGCAUCGCACAACAUUCUACAAUAUAUUCUUAAUGAUUCCUUAGAAACAACAGUGACAAAUGUCGCGUUAGAACAAUUUUCUCACAAACCAAAUAUUGAAACAUUUUUGCAUGGAAUUGGAAAACUUUAUAAUGCAGGAUUACAGCCAAAAAUCGCAAAUUUAUAUCCGGAAGUUAAAUUUCCUGUAAGUCGUGGUACACCAAUGAUUUCUCAUCUUAUACGAUGGGAUCAUUCCAAAGAUUGGUAUAUAUUUCGUUAUACUGGGAAAAAAACAAUUGACAAAGGGGAAGUAAUUGUUACUAUUGAUGUUUCCGAAGAAGAAUUUAUAUAUAUGACUGGACAUGUCAUUAAUGGAAAAAAUUUAUUACCUGCGACGGGUUAUCUUUUACUUAUAUGGCAAAUGGUUGGCUGGUUAAAAAAACAAUAUUAUAUCGAUAUACCAAUUGUAUUUGAAGAUGUCAAUUUUCUACGUUCUACAAUAUUACCAAAACAAAGUUCGAUCGAUUUAACUCUUAUGAUGCAAAAGGGUAGUAACAAAUUCGAAAUAAUUGAAGGAAACAAUACUGUCGUUACUGGAACAGUACGAAUUCCAAUUAAUAUUGAAGACGAGAAAAUAUGUACUACAUUUAUUGAUCGAAAUGACAAUGAUGAAGAGGUGAUGAGUACGAAAGAUAUCUAUAAAGAAUUGAAGCUUCGUGGUUAUCAAUAUACCGGCGAAUUUCGUGGACUAAAAAGCGCGUCAAUUAGGGGAAAGAAUGGUCACAUUGUCUGGACUGACAACUGGGUAACAUUUAUGGAUAACAUGUUACAGAUGAUGUUUUUAGGACUGAAUUCGAGAAGUCUUUUUGUACCAACAAGAAUUCGUAAAGUAGUAAUCGAUCCAGAAUCUCAUAUAAAACAAAUCGAAAAGCUUCCAAAUGAAGAGAAACAAGUUCUUGUACAAAAUUAUAAGCAUUUAAAUGCUUUAAUAUCCGGAGGAAUUGAAAUAAGCGGCAUUUUGGCUACAGUUAUAUCUCGCCAACAAAGGGCAAUUGAUCCCGUUCUCGAAGAAUACAAGUUUGUCGCUCAUCAAGAUUUAGAUCUAAUGUCCUUAGAGGAUACAACAAGAAUGUCCGUGCACAUUGCGCUCGAGUGUUACAAUAUGAUAAACGUAAAAAUCAUGGAAUUUGUAGAGGAUAGCGAUCAAGUGAUGCCGGAGAAUUUGAAUUGUUUAUUUGUGAAUAAAGUUCUGGAAGAUUUACCGCAAAUUCAACCCUAUAUCAAACUAGUAGCAACACACGAGCGAUUCAAAGAUAUCACUUUGUCUGACAAUAUUUCUACAAUAGAAUUUGAUAAACUGACAAAAAGUGAAAAUUAUUUGAUGAUUAUAGGUUACAAAAUUUUAACAAAAAAUAAACACGAAUUAUAUGAACGAUUAUUAUCUGUCAUAAUGCCAAAGGGAUUUUUUCUAACAUUCGAAGAGUUGGAUGCUAUCUACGACUACUCAUGUCUGGAUAAGUAUGGAUUAAAAGUAAUUUUGGAGAAACGCACCAACGACAAGACAAUUAUAUUAUUAAGAAAAAUACAUGAUAUUGAAAGGAAUCAACAGAUUGUGCAUAUAAAUAAUUAUGAAUUCUCAUGGAUAGACAGGCUUAAAUCAUUCAUGAACAUUGAAAAUGAAACUAGGAGAAUUAUAGUCGUCGCAGAAGGGGACUUUGAAUGCGGACUAAUCGGCCUUGUAAAUUGUUUGCGAAAAGAACCGGGCGGUAAAAUGAUUAGAGGUGUAUUUAUUCAAGAUAAAGAUGCACCUACUUUUUUAUUGCAAGAACCGUUAUAUAUAAGCCAGCUACAAUUGGAUUUACCCAUCAAAGUUAUACGUUCCAGAAGCAUUUGGGGUUCUUACAGACAUUUUCCAUUACCAUUACCCCAACCAAAACUCGUAAAGAGUGCUUAUGUUUCUCAAAUGGUGCGAGGUGAUCUCAGCACUUUUUGUUGGAUGCAAAGCAUGAUACCUUUGGUCAACAAUGAUGAAGAAAAUCUGGUAAAAAUAGUCUAUGCGUCUAUUAAUUUUAGAGAUGUCAUGACAGCUAACGAAAUUAUUGCAAAAAUCGCAAAAUACAAUUUUUAUAUUCAGUUUAACUUGUUCUACACAACUGCUAGUGAUACAGUUAUGCUUAUACGCAUCAGUGUAUGUAUGUGUUACGUCCUGUCGACUCCACGAUUUCUUCCUUCCACGAAGAUGCAGCAAUGAUUGUCGAUUGAUGAUAAAAAUGAAUCGUUCAACAAACAGAGCACCUUGCGCCACAUCUUAAACACUUAUUGUUAGUCACUUGUUGAUAAUUAUGUUUACAAUUAAUCGUGAGAAAGACGCAAAAAAUUGGUGAUGAACGACGCUGGUCU